AUGAAUCGGGCCUAUGUGAUGCCACAGCAGUUCCAAAAGUCGCAAGAGCCUAAGCAGAUUAGUACAGAGCAGAUUCAGGCCAUGCUGGACGAAAACUCGAGUCUCAUUGUCGAGAUUAUCGAGCUUAAUACGCAAAUUAAACACGGAAAAGGGACGGCACAACUGGGAGAAUUCACUGAAAAAUUGGACAAGAAACGCAAGAAUCUGAAUAAAAAUCUUAUGACACUGGCCAAGUGGGCUGAUGAGUCCUCUGAGACGUCCCCAAGACAGCCGCAGGCGUAUGGACAAUCUCAAAUGACUCAACAUCAGAAACAGCAGCAACAGCAGAAACAACAACAACAGCAACAGCAACAACAGCAGCAGUACGCCCGAGCAGGGAUGAUGCAGAUGCCUAUGACUAAUCAAGCCCAGUACCAGGCACAGGCUCAGGCCCAAGCGAGAGCCCAAGCUCAGGCUCAAGCACAGGCUCAAGCGCGACUUCAAGCUCAAGCGCAGGCCCAGACCCAGGCCCAAGCUCAAGCGUACGCACAGGCUCAAUAUCAGGCACGGAUGAACCCAAUGAUGGCUCAGCAGUAUGGUCAGAUGAAUCCGAUGGCUCAACAGCAGCAUCAGCAACAACAACAACACCAACAGCAACAGCGGUUUGCUAAUGGUGGCAUGUCGUACGGUGUACCCAGCAGCGGACCGAUGGCCCACCCCGUCCGAAUGAGCAAUGCUAUGCCAAUCUCUACGAACUACGCUGACAACCGGGGCGGCAUGGCGCCUACUAUGGGCUUCCAAAUGGUCCCUCAGGGUUACGGCAUGGUGUCCACCACACCGAUGCAACGCUUGAAUCCCGCGACGCAAGGAAUGGCUCAGCAAAGUAUACAGCCGCACAGUAUGCCUCACCAGAGCAUGUCAAUGCCUCAGCAAAAUAUGACGAUGCCGCAACAGAGCAUGGCAAUGCCCCGACAAAGUAUCGCAAUGCCUCAGCAGAGUAUGAUGUCUCAGCAAAACAUAUCUAUGGGUCAACAGAGUAUGCCCCAGCAGAGUAUGCAGAUGUCUCAACAAGGCAUGGUACCGAUGCAGAUGAAUGGACCACCGAAUUCAGGCCCCAUAGCAGAUGUUUCUGGUCGGCCAAGCAACUAA